AUGUCAGCAGGACGACCAAUCAAGUGUGUGGUGGUCGGCGAUGGUACAGUGGGCAAGACUUGUAUGUUAAUAUCGUAUACUACCGACAGCUUUCCAGGAGAAUACGUACCUACUGUAUUUGAUAACUACUCUGCACCCAUGGUGGUAGACAGUAUUCCUGUCAGCCUUGGUCUAUGGGAUACGGCUGGCCAAGAAGAUUACGACCGUCUAAGACCACUUUCCUAUCCACAGACUGACGUAUUUUUGGUCUGCUUUAGUGUUGCUAGUCCAUCUUCUUUUGAAAAUGUGGUUUCCAAAUGGUAUCCGGAAAUUAAACAUCACUGUCCAGACGCCCCUAUGAUUUUAGUUGGUACGAAAAUAGAUUUAAGAGAAGACAAAGAAACGUUAAAUGUUUUGUCUGAACAAGGACUGUCCCCAAUCAAACGUGAACAGGGACAAAAGUUGGCCAAUAAAAUAAGAGCUGUAAAAUAUCUCGAAUGUUCUGCAUUGACUCAAAGAGGAUUAAAACUGGUAUUUGAUGAAGCCGUAAGAGCCGUUUUACGACCAGUACCACUCAAACACCAGCAAAGGAAAUGCACUAUAGCUUAG